AUGACGGAAUUGCAGUAUGCUAACACCGUGAUGUGCUUUGAUUAUGUUUGGCUUCAAGACCACUGCCACUCAGCAUCUUGCUACAACUCUAAGAUUCACCAGCGCAGCCUGGACACUGCCACUGUGGAUUUAGGUAUCAAGCCAAGGACCAUUUGUCUGCAUGAGACCACACUCUUUUUCACUUGGCCAGAUGGUCAUGUGACUAGAUAUGAUUUGGAUUGGCUGGUGAAAAACAGCUAUGAAGGGCAGAAGCAAAAGGUCAUCCUGCCUAGAAUUUUAUGGAAUGCUGAAAUCUUCCAGCAAGCCCAAGCUCCAUCUGUAGAUUUCCAGAGCUUCUUAGAAACCAGUUAGGGACUAAAGGACUUUCUGCAAAACUUUCUGCUCUAUGGAAUUGCCUUUGUAGAAAAUGUUCCUCCCACUCAAGAACACACAGAGACGUUGGCAGAAAGGAUCAGCUUGAUCAGAAAAACCAUCUAUGGAAGGAUGUGGUAUUUCACUUCAGACUUCCCCAGGGGUGACACUGCAUACACCAAGAUGGCUCUGGAUCGACACACUGAUACUACCUAUUUUCAAGAGCCCUGUGGCAUUCAAGUGUUUCACUGUCUUAAGCAUGAAGGAAUGGGUGGCAGGAAACUGCUAGUAGAUGGAUUCUAUGCAGCAGAACAGGUACUUCAAAAGGUGCCUGAGGAAUUUGAACUCCUCAGAAAAGUGCCAUUGAAGCAUGAAUAUAUUGAAAAUGUUGGAGACUGUCACAACCACAUGAUUGGGGUUGGGCGUCUUAAUAUCUACCCAUGGAAUAAAGAGCUUUAUUUGAUCAGGUGA